CAGCGCGGUAACCACGACGAGAAGUUAACUGCAUCAAUACAUAUUCGCCAAUACUUAAGAUUGGGCAAAGUUAAAAAUUAUAGCAAUCCGAAUUACACGUAAUUUGCUUCCUGUGAAAUGAUAAGCUUAAUACUAUGACAUGGCUAUUCGGUUUACGAUGGAGAGAUGUUCGUCACUUCGGCUUCCUUUAUUUUGGACAUGUUGAUAUGACUUAUGAAUUUACUUUGAUCGUUGCCUUUAUCGUUUUCCCAAUUCAUCUUGAUGUUUUAGAGCAAGUUAACGCUUUCCGAUGAAAUCAUCCCACCAUGUUUGUUAAACAACUUCACGUUUCCUCGGCGUUUUUGUUAUGCGUUGCGCUUGCGCUCCAUUAUCCAGCUGUAUGCAGUGAAACCAGAGCGUCACCAGAACCCGUGCUAUCACACGAGUGCUUCAACAGGACGGAGCUGCUGGCUUCUUGUGACAUGGGAACCAAGGCCCAGCCGGACAACAGCAGUGCCGUCAUUGCAGCAUGCUCGCAGCAGCCCGAGACUACAUGGUACCGGCGCUACGACGGCGCUAACGGCCCUUUUCAUGAAUCUACUCGCUUUCAGUUCGAUUUAGUUGCAGAGAUCGGCAGCUUUAAUGAGAGCGUGAUCGCUGUUUCGCGUUGCACCCCUAAUCCAGACUGGAGUCCGACAGUGCGAUUUGAUGCGGCACUAACCACCGCCAAAAUUUAUCAGGAACCUGAUGACUCUGUGAUAAUUUCCUUUUGGUAUCGAAAAUCGUACGGGCCGUCCAAUAUUACCGAAUUUUAUGACAUUUUCUGCCAUGUUAAUUAUUAUAAUAUACAAGGGGAUAUAACGGAUAUAACUUCGAUUUGGUCGAAUACCUAUUCGAUUGCUCCCGAUGAAUGGCACUAUGUCGAGAGGAAAAUUUUGGAUAACGGCCUUAGCAACCCUCACUGGGAGCACCCCGACCUUGUGUCUCCGUUUAUUAGUUUUACCUUCAUUACACGGCACAGCGGUGGAUGCCGUCCCGAUCAGAUCGGCGCGAAAGCCAUAGCACUGGACGACAUCCAAAUUUUUGCAGCGCAUCAGUGCACAUCAACAGCACUUACGACUACUAUCGUGACUACAACGGCUGACACCGUGAAUUCGGUAACUUCUUCAGUGGAUCAUCAUACCGCCUCCUCGAAUAUUGUCACCGCUGCGGCAGACAUAUCGUCCUCAACCACAAUCGUUUCAGGAACUUCCGCUACACUCUCCCCUUUUUCUGUGGAACUGCAGAUGGUUACCAACAAGACCGCGUAUCCGGACAACUUGACGUACUAUACCCAGUCGCCACACAACGUUCUCAGUGUCAUUCAGAAUGCCGUGGGCAACAACCCGAUCCAGCUAACUUUCAGUGAUGUUCUGGUGAUUGCGAAUUUCUUUGAAGAGUUCGCCCUAACAGAUACACCACCCAAACUACCAGAAGGUGCACAGCAAGAUGCAGUGAACACACUGCUGCAGAUCGUUGGUCUGGUAGUCAACGCUGAAGAGUCUGGUAAAUUGGAUGCGCCAGUAACCAGCAGCGAAGGAUAUGGAGCGGCAGCAGCCAUCUAUCAAGCGCUGGAAAACAUGUUCCAUAAUUUACCUCCUAACGACGAACCAUACGUAUUCAAUCAUAAUUCUUCCGUUGCGUAUGUUUACGCUGUCUUGAUCAAUAGUUCCUCCCAGUUUGAACACUUCAACUUCACCACGAAACUGGAAAUUAAAGUAUUCGAUCCUGAGACGCGGAUAAUAGCUAUCGCGGAUGACAGCUCCGUAUCAGUGGCUGGCGUCGCGUUUAACACCGAAGCAUUGCGCGAAGCCUUUAUUGAAAUAAAACAAACUGCGCAUACAACACCAGUCAAGUUUGCCUUUUCUCUCUCGGCGGUGCUAUCUUUCAAAUUCGCAACGUUUAUUCCCACAAAUGAACUACGAGAAAGGUCAAGCCCGAUAGUUUUACUGGCAUCACUGGCUCAAGGAACAAGUCUCGAGAAACAAGAUAUGAUUACCCUUCGACACAAUGUGGAUAAAUUGUUCAGUUAUCCAUCUGGUGCAAGACGAUAUCACCGGUGCACCUACCUCAACUACACGUCCAAGCAAUGGUCUGAAGACGGUUGCCGAAUGACGACUAAACAUGUUAAAUGGAACAGCACAACCGUGGAAUGCACCUGCGAUCAUUUAACACCGUUCUCGCUACUGCUUACUUUGUGUGGCAGUUUAUCGAAAUCCUUUGUUCCAAAGGAUAAGCCACUCACUUUUGAUUUGGCCAUAGUGACCACAGCGACGACCAGUGUGGCGGCCGUGUGCUGCCUGCUGGCUCUUAUAAUCGUUGUGGGGAAGAUUUGGCGUGGUCGCGUGCUCUACAACGAGGUAACAUUUACCCGCAUGGGUUUGUGGAUGGCGCUAUUCGGCAUGUAUCUCUUCACCAUCUUCUCCCAGCUCAUGGUCCACGCUCCUCAGCUGUGCGGACAAAAGUUCUGCUUGGCCAGCGGAAUUUUGGUGCACUGGUUCACGCUGAUGAGCGUGGCGUGGACAGUGGUGCAAACUGUCGAUGUCAUGCAGAUUAUACUGGACCCGGUACAACGCUGGAAGAACAGGCACCGUGGAUUCAGAGUGACCACUUGGUUGGCUGCCACCUUCAUCCCGGGCAUGUUCCCCUUUCUGGCCUCUAUGCCACAUUUUUUUAGUGAUGAGACCAUAAUCAGUUCUCUGGGAGGCUACGGUUACGGAGAUCACGAAAAGUGGUGCUGGUUGAACGACGAACAGACGUGGAUUCCAUGGGUGACCUUUAUCGUACCUCUCACCGUCGCUGGUGUGCUGAAUGUAGCGGCCGUGGUGUUAUACAUUCGCGACGAGAUGGCAAAGAAGCGACGCCAGAAGCGGCUGGCAGUCUCCGCGGAUAUUAAGGUGGAUUCUGGUGAUCUGAUCAAGCACAAGGUGUAUGGAGUGAUCAUCAACACCAGUCUGAUGGGAUUGAUUUGGCUGAGCGUGUGGCUGGCGCUAUUCUCCUGCUUUUUCACGGACCCGACACCGCAGUAUGUCGUCGUGUUGCUGCUGACGGUAGCUUGCGGAUCCCAGGCAGUCUACGUUAUCGUCUUCCAAGGAAUUCUUGGGGAUAAGAGCUCUAAGAGCGCUAGCAGUAUUAACAUCAGCGGUCAGACGUAUGCCUCUUCUGAGCUUUAAUGCCGCGCGAGAUUGUACUUGUACACAGCAGAAUCGAUCUUCUUUGAUGUUGGGGCUUAUGACAUUUGGGACUGAACUAAGUGUUGCAAACAAACCUAGCAAGGAUACGAGAAUGAGCGCCUUAAAGUGACACAGCGGCUUCGCAAAGGAAUUAGCAGUACUACUGUUAACGUGUUUUAUUCCUGCGCACAAGCCACAAGGAUUGACCUUUAUAGAUGGUGUCUGCUGUCUUCACUGCUUAAAUAAAUCCAAUAGGUUAAGUUAUUAAAAUAGGCCAAUGUCAAAAGGAG